AUGAGGUGCCACUGGGUUAUUUUUGCAUCACAUUUUAUUCUGCUCCAACUGGGAGUAUGGUGCAAGCCGGUCAUCUCCCCCAACGGGCCUCACAUAGUAGUUCCCAAGAAGGGGAAGCUUGAGCUGCGUUGCCACGAAAAUGCCACAACAUCCAGUGCUCCAUUCAGGUUGAGGUGGCAAUGGGAGAGGGCUCGCAGACUGGAAGGGGAGGUGGAGGAGGGCGGAGUGGCUUAUGUCAAGGUGCCGGCGGUUCAAGCCUACCACAUGGGCCGUUACGUGUGCAUCAACAACAGCACACAGGAACGCAGCUCCAUCUAUGUAUAUGUGAAAGACCCCCAGAAUGCCUUCCAGCGCACCAUGGUGAACAACAUCCUGGUGCGUGCAGGUGAGAAUUGCACCAUACCCUGUCUUGUGACCGACCCUGAGGUCACCCUCCUAGAUUUGGAGAGCUGUGAUGGACAACCUUUGCCCUCUGGUAUGAGUUACCACAGCAACCCUCAGCAAGGCGUCAUCAUCAGCAAUGCUAGAAAAGAGUUUGAAGGCUGUUACGUAUGUGUGGGAAGGCUUGGAGGAGAGAAGGUGAGGUCGUGCAAGUACACCAUGGAUGUACGACUAGUUCCAGAGGCGCCUCCAGUCAUCACACUGUCCCAGAAAAACACUGUCAUCUUGAGGAGAGGAGAGAAGUUUGAGCUCACCUGUAGCUCCACCAACGUCAACCCAGACUUCAAUCUCAAGUGGAGCUUCCCUUCAACAGCGCAUCCUGUUGAAGCCCAUACCUCGAACAUCUUGCCUGGUUCGCGUGGUUAUCUACGGGCCACCUCACUCUCGAUCAGAGCUGUCAACCAAUCAGAUUCAGGCACCUACCGCUGCUCUGCCCACAAUGAGAGAGGAACCAGUGCCACAGCACUGCAGCUGGAUGUCCGCAAUCAGGGGUUUAUCUCCAUGUCAGGAAGCACAAGUCCAGUCCAGGCCGAGGUGAGAGAAGGGGAGAGUCUGAGUCUCAGAGUAGAGUUUCAUGCCUAUCCUGCACCCAGAUCCCUGUUCUGGUCGUACGAUGGCAAGCGACUUCUCAACACCACAGAGCAUGUUAUCACUGUCCACCAGCGCAAAUACAGAUACGUCAGCGAGCUGAGACUAGUGAGGGUUCUUGGCUCAGAGGGCGGGAUCUAUCAGUUCUCAGCCAGUCAUGAGGAUGCAUCUGUCAAUCAUUUAUUCCAUGUAUAUGUCAACAGUAAGCCAGUUAUCAUCGCUCAGGAAGGGCCAGUUGAUGGACAGGUGCGGUGCAUCGCUGCUGGUUACCCAGUCCCUAAAAUCAGCUGGUACUUCUGUGAGCUGCCCCACACAAGGUGCUCACACCUGCCCAAUGCCACCCAAUGGGAGAGUCUGGAGGUCACCAUGGUGACAGAGUCCGCAUUUGGUAGGAGUGAGGUGGAGAGCCGACUGAACGUCAGCAAGGAACACAAGCACUACCACACGUUGGAGUGUGUGGCAUCGACAGAGAGGGAAGAAGCCUACACCCUGUUCUCCAUCAGUGAGCGCGUUGUCCCCCAUAAACUCUUCACCCCUCUUUUAACCGGCAUGGUGGUUACUGGCGUCUUGCUCAGCCUCAUUCUGAUGGUGCUGCUCUAUAAAUACAUGCAGAAACCUAAGUUCCAAAUCCAGUGGAAGGUCAUCGAGAGUAUCCAUGGCAACAACUACAUUUAUAUUGACCCCACGCAGCUCCCGUAUGACUCAAAAUGGGAGUUUCCUCGACAGAAACUACGCUUCGGUAAAACUCUGGGCUCUGGGGCUUUUGGAAAGGUAGUGAGGGCCACAGCUUAUGGACUCUGCUCUGCUGACACUGUGUCAACCGUCGCCGUGAAGAUGCUCAAACCCAAUGCUCACUCCACGGAGAAGGAGGCACUGAUGUCAGAGCUGAAGGUUCUCAGUUACCUCGGAAACCACGUGAACAUUGUGAACCUGCUGGGAGCGUGCACUGUCGGAGGCCCAAUUUUGGUAAUCACAGAAUACUGUUGCUAUGGCGACCUCCUCAACUUCCUGCGCAGAAAAAGAGAGUCGUUCAUAAACUCCCAAGUCGAUGAUGGUUACUAUCGCAACGUCUUUAAGCAGAGCGAGACUGCAAGCAAUGAAGUAACUGGCACUGGAUAUAUGCCCAUGCGUCCCUCCGAGAAAGAAAGGUCUUCCCAGUCAGACGAUAUCGAUGAGCUGUCUCUGGACGCUGAAGAUCUCCUCAGCUUUUCCUAUCAGGUGGCCAAAGGAAUGGAGUACAUCACUUCCAAGAAUUGUAUCCACAGGGAUCUUGCAGCCAGAAACAUUCUGCUGACUCACGGCAGGGUGGCGAAGAUCUGUGACUUUGGGUUAGCACGAGACAUCACCACUGAUGCCAGCUAUGUGCUCCGAGGCAAUGCUCGUCUGCCUGUCAAAUGGAUGUCUCCCGAGAGUAUUUUCGACUGCGUCUACACCUUUGAGAGUGACGUUUGGUCCUACGGUAUCCUGCUCUGGGAAAUCUUCUCUCUGGGUAACAGCCCGUACCCGGGGAUGCAGGUGGGCUCAGCGUUUUAUAGGAUGAUCCAAGAGGGUCAAAGGAUGAACAGGCCGGAGUAUGCUCCCACUGAGAUGUAUGAAAUAAUGCUGUCUUGUUGGAACCACGACCCUUUGAAAAGACCUUCUUUCAGGAAACUGGUGGAGAGGACUGAACUGCUGCUGUCAGAAAAAACCAAGAAUGUGUACUUAACACUGAGCAAUGCUCCAGGUCCUCCAGAUCAACAGAGGGCGCCAUCACGGAGGCUGAGCUCAGUCUGCAGCACUACAGCCCCCACCCAGCCUUUACUGCAGAGCACUGCUGACGUCUUCCAGGACUAUAUUUGA